AUGUCUUUCUCUCACACUGGCGAUGUUCCGCCACCUCCGCCCCGGCCGCUUGUCGAAAAGGCUCGAACUCCGGCUCCGGCCCCACCGCCGCCAACCGUGCCCCCGACAGGAUCCCCUGGAGCUUUCUUGGUCGAAUUACUGAUCUUCAAUGGCUCGCCAUUCAAAGAUCACUGGGCAUACUUUGUACGCUCUCGUGCCGAUGAUGAUAUCGGUGUCAAGAUCCACGCGACCGGUGAUGUGCGUAAUGGCUUCAAAUUCGAGGUCAAACGCAGUCAUGACCUCACAAACACCUCAGAUAUCCCUACAAAAAGAGUUUCGCUGCAGUGGGUUGAUGCUCAGCACUUUAAAGAAGACGCGAUGCUCAACUGGGGAGUGGAAGAGAUUGAUGAGAGGCCUGUCUGCGGUUUUGAGGCUAGUGCGUACAAAGCGAAGGCACCUGGGAAGACUUUGAAUGCAGUUGAAGACAAGGAUUCAUCUGGCAAAAAGGUCAUCCUCAAGGACUGCCAAACAUGGUUGGUGGAGGCAGCGGGCUACCUUGUUGAAGAUCGUAUGUUCAGUCCUGAAGUCUCUAUUUACCUGCACGCGAUCAAGCAUACCAUCAUGAAAGCCCUGACUUUAACACCAAAGGAGCAUUCAGUUGCUGUACAAGAUAUCCCGACUCCGGAACCAGGGCCAAGAGAGAUUCUUGUCCGCGUCAGAGCAGUUGCGCUCAAUCAUGUGGACGCGCUCUAUACCUACAAGCCAAUUGCGGCCCAAGAGUACCGCGUAAUCGGCAGCGACUUCGCUGGGGAGGUCGCCAGUAUUGGCAAAGACACCCGAGAUAUCGAUGACCCUCGUGUCAAGGUUGGAGCACGUGUAGCUGGCUUCGUGCAAGGCGCUUGUUCGGUCAACUACCGCCCAGGAGCUUUUGCCGAGUACGUCGUCAUUGACUAUGACCUCACAUGGAAUAUUCCCAUCGGGGUGUUGUUCCAAGAAGCUGCUACUAUCAGUUUGUGUGGACUUACAGCCGCGCAGGGUGUCUUCAGCCGACUCGAGCUCCCGGGGCCAUUCACCCAAUCCCGAAAUUUCGACCACCUCAGACUCGCCAACGAAGGGCCCGUGAACGUCUUCAUAUACGGCGCAACAACCUCAUUAGGUCUCUUCGCCGCACAACUUGUGCGUCUGGCUGAGAAGACUUCUGGCACGAGAAUUCGUCUCAUCGGUGCCGCCAGCAGUGCAAAGCACGACAUGCUGCGCCAAGCCCCUUAUUCGUACGACGAGCUAGUUGACUACAGAGACGCUGACUGGCAAGCAACGGUACGCAAAGUUUGCGGCAUAAGUGGCGGAGUUCAUUACGGCGUAGACGCGGUCUCGCAGUCUCCGUCUGUCGAACGUGUGCACAAUACGUUGGUCAACGAGGGAAAGCUGGCGGUGUUCCGAGCACCGGCCCUCGCAGGGUUUGAUCCAUCGAAGCUCAGUAUCAAGCCGGUGACAGGUGCAGUCUGGGAGGGUCUUGGCGUAGAGAUCCAGUACCAAGGCAUCACAUUCCCAGCCAACCUCGAAGCCCGUGAGUUUGCAACACAGUUCUAUAACUAUCUCGGAUCGGAAGCGUCGUUGGGAAAGGUCAAGUUGCAGGCAAACCCGGUUCGCAUGAUGCGAGGAGGACUAGAGAACGUCGCAUCGGAAGGCAUCCCGCUCUUUGGUCUGAAGCAAGUCAAUGAGCCGCCGAAGGAUCACAUGCGUCCUGUUAGUGGAGAGAAGGUCGUCUAUACCGUUUCUUAG